AUGAGCAGUCACAAAGACAACUACUACUAUCAUCGUAAGAGAAGGAAUAUUAAUGCAAGAUCUCAUAUUCAUUCCUAUAGCAGAAAUCUAAGACAUAGUAAUGAAGAUAGAAAAGAUCGAUAUAACAGAGAGCAUCGGGCUCGAGGCAAAACUCGUAAUAGUCGACGCACAAGCUCCUCACGUCGAACUAGUUACUAUGAUCGUGGAAGAAAUAUUUGGAGAACGACUAAUAACCAAGAAACACAUGGAAUUAAAAGACAUAGGAGCAGCGAUACCGAAAAUAGAGAUCGCCAGAAGAGAAGAAAUAAUAAUGCGGGAUACUCUCAUGAUACCUAUAGCGGAAGUCUGAAACACGAUAGAAAAGAUCGGAAUAGUAGAGAUAGUUGGACUCGAGGCAAAACUCGUAAUAGUCGACGCAUAAGCUCCUCACGUCGAACUAGUUACUAUGAUCGUGGAAGAAAUAUUUGGAGAACGACUAAUAACCAAGAAACACAUGGAAUUAAAAGACAUAGGAGCAGCGAUACCGAAAAUAGAGAUCGCCAGAAGAGAAGAAAUAAUAAUGCGGGAUACUCUCAUGACACCUAUAGCGGAAGUUUAAAACACGAUAGAAAAGAUCGGUACAGUAGAGAUAAUUGGACUCGAGGCAAAACUCAUAAUAGUCGACGCAUAAGCUCUUCACGUCGAACUAGUUACUAUGAUCGUGGAAGAAAUAUUUGGAGAACAACUAAUAACCAAGAAACACAUGGAAUUAAAAGACAUAGAAGCAGCGAUGCCGAAAAAAGAGGUCGUCAUAAGAGAAGAAAUAAUAAUGCGAGACUCUCUCAUGAUGAUACCUAUAACAUUGAUAAAGAAAAGUCUCAUGCAAACCUUCAACCUGAUCUUUUCCUGCCUCAACCCCAAUUUACACGAAAUCGAUUCAUGCUAUCGCCAAAUGACCCUGCGACGACUCCUGUUACUUCUCAAGUAGAUAAUUUUCUUGCAGAUAUGAGGAAAAUGCAUGAAGCAUCAUCCGUUCAAGUAGAGCCUUUAAAUAAUACGAUCUCGGAAUUGUAUGAGAUAUUGGAAAAAGUAGGAGAAGGUGUUUAUGGCAUCGUGUUCAAAGCGAGGAGUCGAAAAACUGGCCAAAUUGUGGCAUUGAAGAAAAUUAAAAUGGAGAGCGAAGAAGAAUUGCCAUUAUCUUUACGUGAAAUCAUGUUGCUCCGAGCUUUACAAAAUGAUCACAUUGUAAACUUAUUGGAGGCUAUCAUUACGAGAGACGAUGUGUAUCUCGUAUUUGAAUAUAUGGAACAUGAUCUAAAAGGAGUUCUAUAUAAUCCGCAACUCCAAUUAGAUGUGCAACAUAUAAAAUGUUUAAUGUUGCAACUUUUAGAAGGUCUGGCGGUUGUUCAUGAGCAUGGAAUAUUACAUAGAGAUAUCAAAUGUAAUAAUAUCUUGCUGAACAAUCGUGGUGAACUCAAAUUGGGCGAUUUUGGACUGGCUCGGAGAUACAAUCGUAAACGCCAGUUAGAUUAUACAAGUCACGUAGUUCCUUUAUGCUACCGAGCACCUGAACUUAUUUUGGGUGCCACAAAAUAUGGACCGGGGAUAGAUGUAUGGAGCGUGGGGUGUCUCUUGGUAGAAUUACUUGCUCGGAAGCCACUCUUUCAAGGAAAGAAUGAAUGGGAACAGCUGAAUAUUAUUUUUCAGUUGUUAGGUUCACCAUCUCUUGAAGAAUGGCCUGAUGUCAUAAAACUUCCCCAGUAUUAUAUAAUGGCACCGGAGAUGCGUCAAAUGUCAAGAUUUCGAGAAGAAUAUAAAGAAUUGUUGACACCGGCCACAAUGGAGUUGGCGGAGGCCUUGUUGACCUUGAAUCCUGAAAGACGCCCUUCUGCUCGAGAUGCUUUGGAUUUCAACUUCUUCAAAGAAGAACCAAUGGCCUGCUUACCCGAAGAGUAA